CCGCGUCCCUGGUUCCACCCCGGGCGCACCGCCGGGAACUAGAAGCAAGUGGGAGGGACGCGGACAGUCCAGCACGAGAGGGGCCCCAUAAGACGCGCUGCCCCGAAGCCCCUCGGAGCGCAGCCCCAGCCUCUUCUCGAAAGUCAGUCCAUUUUCCCUAGGGCACGAGCGCCCGGGACGCCGGGGGCUGCCGAGCUGGGGGGGCGCUCGAGCUGCGAGGAUCCGGGCUGCCCACGGGACGAGGAGCGGGCGCCCAGGAUGGGGUGUGUGAAGUCCAAGUUCCUCCGGGAUGGAGGCAAGGUCUCAAAAACGGAGCCCAACACCAGCCCACACAGUGCUUUGUAUGUGCCGGAUCCCACGUCCUUGGGCAAGCGGUGGCCUGACAGUAGCAACGGCAACCCACCAGGGUCCACAGAGGCAGGUUCUGAGGAGAUCAUUGUGGUUGCCUUGUAUGAUUACGAGGCCAUUCACCAUGAAGACCUCAGUUUCCAGAAGGGGGACGAGAUGGUAGUCCUGGAAGAAUCUGGGGAGUGGUGGAGAGCACGAUCCCUGGCUACCCGGAAAGAGGGCUACAUCCCAAGCAACUACGUUGCCCGAGUCAACUCUCUGGAGACAGAAGAGUGGUUCUUCAAGGGCAUCAGCCGGAAGGAUGCAGAGCGCCAACUCCUGGCCCCUGGCAAUGUGCUGGGCUCCUUCAUGAUGCGGGACAGCGAGACCACCAAAGGGAGCUACUCUUUGUCCGUGCGAGACUACGACCCCCAGCACGGGGACACAGUGAAACAUUAUAAGAUCCGGACGCUGGACAAUGGGGGCUUCUACAUCUCCCCCCGGAGCACCUUCGGCAGCCUGCAGGAGCUGGUGGCCCACUACAAGAAGGGGAGCGACGGACUCUGCCAGAAGCUGACAGUGCCCUGCAUGUCCUCCAAACCCCAGAAGCCUUGGGAGAAAGAUGCCUGGGAGAUCCCCCGGGAGUCCCUCAGGCUGGAGAAGAAACUUGGAGCUGGGCAGUUUGGGGAAGUCUGGAUGGCCACCUACAACAAGCACACCAAGGUGGCCGUGAAGACGAUGAAGCCCGGGAGCAUGUCUGUGGACGCGUUCCUGGCAGAAGCCAACCUGAUGAAAACUCUGCAGCACGACAAGCUGGUGAAGCUGCAUGCCGUGGUCACAGAGGAGCCCAUCUACAUCAUCACAGAGUUCAUGGCCAAAGGCAGCCUGCUGGACUUCCUGAAGAGUGAAGAAGGCAGUAAGCAGCCGUUGCCAAGACUCAUCGACUUCUCAGCCCAGAUUGCAGAAGGCAUGGCCUUCAUCGAGCAGAGGAACUACAUCCACCGAGACCUCCGAGCCGCCAACAUCUUGGUGUCUGCGUCCCUGGUGUGCAAGAUUGCUGACUUCGGCCUGGCGCGGAUCAUAGAGGACAACGAGUACACAGCUCGGGAAGGGGCCAAGUUCCCCAUCAAGUGGACAGCUCCUGAAGCCAUCAACUUUGGCUCCUUCACCAUCAAGUCAGACGUCUGGUCCUUUGGUAUCCUGCUGAUGGAGAUCGUCACCUACGGCCGGAUCCCUUACCCAGGGAUGUCAAACCCCGAGGUGAUCCGGGCACUGGAGCGGGGGUACCGGAUGCCUCGACCAGAGCACUGCCCCGAGGAGCUCUACAACAUCAUGACUCGCUGCUGGAAGAACCACCCCGAGGAACGGCCCACCUUCGAAUACAUCCAGAGUGUGCUGGAUGACUUCUACACGGCCACCGAGGUCCAGUACCAACAGCAGCCAUGACGGGGGGCGGCCAGGCAGGGCCAGGCACUGAGGCCAUGCCUGCGCAGGGGCUCCAGCACCAUCUGCCCAGCACCCGCUCACCUUUCCCACUCCCAGACACCCACCCUCUCUCCAGCCACAAUUCCUCAUCUGUCAAGUGGGUGGGUUGGACCGGACAAUCUCUUUUUGACUCUAGCAACCCACAAUCUGCCAAUCUCAGGACACCCCCGGUUGAUAUUUCUAUUGCCUGGGACGGCUGGAUUCCAGUUACAGCUGUGGUUUGGAUGGAGAACUUUAAAAAUAAUGAAAUAAAUAUUUAAAUAAAAGAUCUGAAUGCUAAAGGUUUUACUAACAGGUUGACUUGUCUUGUCCUGCCAAUUUCUGAACAUUUGCCUUUUGCUGGAUGUCAAGUCAAAGGGGGAAGGACUGGCAAAGAGAAGUGGGGUUCAGUGCUCACAGUUUUCUAACUGCCCCCAAAUACUUGCUAGCUGUGUUAGUUUCCUAUGGCUUCUGUAACAAAUUAGCACAAACUUGAUGGCUUAAAACAAAACAAAUUUAUUGUCUUGCAGUUCCAUAGGUCAGAGUCUGAGAUGGGUUGGCAGGGUUCUGGGGGACAAUUGUGUACUUGCCUUUUCCAGCUUCUAGAAGCUGUCCACAUUCCUGGUUCCCUUCUGUUCAUCACUCCAAAUUCUGCUUCUGUUAUCAUAUCUCCUUCUCUGACUCUGAGGCUCCUGCCUCCCUCUGUUACUUGUAAGAACCCCUGUAAUUACAUUGGACCCACCUGGAUAAUCCAGACUAAUUUUUCCAUCUUCAGUUCCUUAAUCAUAUUUGUAGUCCCAUUUGCCACAUAAGGUAACAUCUU